UUAAUUUUAAAAUAAUGUUUCUUUCUUGGCUUGUUCUAUUAUUUUGGCGGUAAUUAAAAUUUUAGUCAGAACUUUAUUUUAUUCAAAAUGGGCAAAAAUAAAAGCUGUGACGCGUCAACUAGGUUUACAUAUAGAUCAUAAGUGGGCAUACAGAAUAAUAGCUGAGCAUUUAAAUUGUUCUGUUAAGAAAGUUUUUAAUACAAUUUGAUCAUUAUAAAACACAUCGAACUGUUCAAAAUUUUCUUAGAAAGGCUUGGCCAAAAAAAACCUCUACCAGAGAGAUGAUACGCUAAUUGUUCGUGUUGCUAAAAAAGACCCAAGUAAAGGCUCCAACCAGAGUAUAAAUGAAGUUUUUUCGCCUGAUGACUCGAGAAACAUCAGGUCAAUACUGAUAAGCCCGAGGAUUAGUGGAAGCUAAAUUGUUUGGAAGAAUCGUUUGAAAGGUACCGCUUACCAAGCAACACCGAGAGAAGAGAUUAUUAUUUGCUAAAAACGGAUAUUCUCGGUACGAGAAUGGAAAUAACAUUAUUUUCAGAUGAAAUAAAAAUAUGGUAAAUUCCAAUGAAAAGUGCUAUAGUUAUGUUUAAAUCUAAAGAAAAGUUUACUAGAAAAAAAUCCACGUAUACCAGGCAGCAGACGGGACUCCAACCCGCACCCUUCGCAAUCCGGGCAAAUGCACUGACCAUUAUGCUACCGCGGGCCUGACGGCCGCGUCGAAAUUUCUCUAGCCUUAGGCUGCAAGGUAGCCCCAUCUCUUCGCAUUGUAGGUACCCACAAUGUCAAAUGAAUACCUUUACAGGUAUUCAACACUUGAAAGAAGAAAUGAAAAGAAGAUUAUAGUUGUUUUUUAAUUUAAGAAAUAAAAAUAUAUAAGUUCUAACUAUUGGUAGGCUGUGGACAGUAGCUAUUUCGUAAAUAGCAAUACUAAUUACUAUUUUUUUUGUUGUUGUUUCUAAUUAAUUGAGCAUUAUUUUUCAUACCUUAUGUUUGUCCGUAAUGUAAUAUUAAAACUGCACUUAUACAAUGGAUGAAUCCAUAUUGUUAUUCUAAUCAAUGAUAAAUUGUUGAACAUAUUGUUGUCCUAUUUAUUGUUUAAUUUAAAAAUAAAAACGAUUGCGGUGAAGUAUCUUACAUAAUGUCAAAAGGUCCAUUGGUAGUGUUACUAAUUAUACGACCAACACUGUAUAUCAAUAUUUAAAAAGACUGCAACCCUAAUUCGUUAAAAAAGCAUGACGUCACACUCCACGCCCACCAAGUGUAGUGCGGUGAGGGUAUCUGUAGACUGCUCUGUAAAAUGAGAAGGACUCUAAUCAGUAAAACCCUGACACUAUCCCGCCCCCAUUGGCCUUGAAAACGGUCGUUGAGCGUCCACACAGCUAUUCAAUCAUACUUGUUAAGGUUCAGUCAGACAGCGAGCGGGGCGGGCGGGGCCUCAACCAGGGAUGAAAUGGAUAAUAAUUAAGGAUAAUUAUGUUGAUAAUUAAAUUAUUAAUGAUAAUUACAAGAUAACAUAUUGAUGAUUAUCAUUAAUAAUAACGUGUAACUAUGAUACAACACACAACCAAAACCAGAUGGCGAGGAUGAUAUACUAUUGACUUUAUUGGCCAAAAAUUAAAGAUAAAAAGAAAUUCUAAAAAACAGAAAGGGAACAAGCGUAAUAGUGUGAUUAAAAAAAAAUUGAUUACAUUUAUUUUCAAUAUCAAUUUUAAAUGUGAUUUUAUCCGGCAUGUCGCGCUGUCUGACUAUAGUAUAUUUGUAUUGUGGGUAAACGCAUAAUAAAACUUGUUACUGAGUCAGUCUGUCAUCGCCGAUUAAACGUUGUAUUACGUACUCCAUAUUUUAUUAUUUAAUGUCCUUUAACUCCUCAAAUAGGACACUGACGUAUUUCAUAAUAACGGAUACAUUACAACUGUUACAUCGAGUCAGCGUCGCGUUGCCGUCCCGCCCAGCCCGCUGUCUGACUGAACCAUAAGGUAAUCUAGACGCAGCCGCCCAGAGUGCUUAGGCCCGAAGUCCGUUACUGUUCCCACUGAACUGAACAAGCAACUGAUUAACUGAGUUAAAUUUACCUGACAGAUAGCAAAGGAUCUCAAUCCAUUCUCUCUAUGACUACGACUAAUCUCACGUCUUUCAUAUGGGGUUUUCCAAAGUCUGUGAUUGACAUAAAAUGAAAAUUAAUUUUCUCAUGUGCCUGUGACAUGAAUUAUAAUAAAUAUUGUUUCAUCUAUCAGGGUAUUUUUUCUGCUAAUUAAAUAAAUAUUUAAGGAAAGUGGAGCUCGAUGGCGCUUAGUGGUGAGCGCGUUCGAUCUGCAAUUAUAUUGGGAUGGGUGGCCCAAAAUUUGUAAUUUGAUUUUCUCCAUGCUUUGGAAGGCACGUUGAGCCAUUGGCCCCAGCUGCAACUACAGUCGCCAACACCCACUUAUUCGCCCACGUGGUGGGUCAUGCAUGGCCCAAUUUUCCUUUUCCAUCAAUAGCUAUGAUGGGCUGAUGGUGAUGAUGAUAUAAAUACUAUUUUGUUAUUAUAUAUAUUAUUUUGUUUAUGACUUUAUUUUUCAAGGAAUGAUACUAAUUAAAGCUUUAUUGAUGCAUAAGAACUAAAUAUUGUCAUGAUUUAAGUACAUACAUCAUCAAUGUAAUACAAUGAUAUCCAAUUAAAAACUCAAUGAAAUCAGAAUAAAGGGAUAAAUAUUGAAAAGGUAUUUAAUUUUAAUGGAUUAAUAUAUAACACCCUUUUUUCUAACAGUAAACAAACAAACCUAAAAAUUAAUACCCACCAUCUGUUCACAGACGAAAGGGUGAGUAUAAAGGGUGUUAUAUACAUUUACAUAAAUCUCUAUUUAUAAAAUUAAUCCCUGUUUACCUUUGUCACGCCAUAAAUACAGAAAGACAAUAGGUUCAUUCGUCUUUCUUUAAGCUUUUCUGAGAUGUUAUAAAAGGCUCUUAUGAAAAAAAAAGAGUUGCGUGUAAUUAGUUAACGGGGACAAAGUCGCCGGCGCAGCAAUCUUUUAGAAAUCUAUUAUAUUUAGUCAUUGUUGCACUGUUACAGACCCUUGUUAAAGAAAAUGAAACUGUAAUCGAAGGUUUGAAAAUAGAGAAUCAACUUGAAAAAGCCAAUGUCAAAGAACUUGAUAAGAAAGUUUCUACAUUUCAAAAAGAAAAUUAUGCACUUUUGAAGGAUAUACAAUUGAUGAAAGAUAUAAUUCUCGGAAAAAAGAAGCUUAAUAAACGCUACAAAGGCAUACUCCAAAAAUAUGAUAGUAAAUAUGAAAGUGAUGACAAUGACUCAAUGUUGGGAGGUGGAGACAGUGAUGAUGAAAUAGAUACUCAUUGUAAUUUGGAAUCUCCAAUAGCAACCGAAGAAACAUAUAAAGAAGAGUUCAAUACUUUGUCUAUGCAAGCAUCCAUAAAAACAUAUUCAACAAAAGUUGAAUCAGUUACACCCAAGCAUGAUAACGAUUUGGAUUCAGAUUUCAGCAAUGGUCAUGCAAGUGCUGAUACAGGUAGAGGUUCCUCUCUUGCUUAUUCAGAUAGUGAUAAAUUUUUUCACAGUCCCGAUUAUAUUAUGGAACAUAGUCCUAUUAACACAGACAAUACAGACAAAAUUAAAAGUAAUGUGGUUCAUGUUGCUACAAGUCCAAUUCCCUUUUUGAAAUUUAUUCAUACAGCAACAAGCCCUAUUACUGUCGAGCAACCUGCGGAGAGCUCUAUAGCUUAUGAAACAAACGCAAUAACCAUUACUGAUUUGAUAGAAGAAACUCCUGAAGUGCAAGAGAACGAUGUUGAUAGGAAUUUUGGUAAAUUUACAAGUAACAGUGCCAUCACAAAUAUUACUUAUGAAACUACUCCACCAGCACCACUUAAACAAUUUUGCGAAAAGGCAUGCUUAGAGUUGAACAACAGCAGUAAUAUUAAUAAGAAUGAUAGUAGAGAUGGGGAAAUUGAAAUGAUUUUAAGCAAAAUGAGAUUCACACAUAACUUGAUUACUCCUAUACCCACCACGCCGUCUAAAGCGAAUCAUUCUUCAUCAUCAUCUAAUUUUGUUUCUAAAGAGACAAGCCAGUGUGUGCAAAAUUUAAACUUCGUAUGCAAAGAUGCCCUUGCAGUCAAAGAAGAGAAUAUAAGUUUGAGGGCUGAUAUUGUUAAACUUGCAAAUGAAAUUGUAACUAUAAAAGAGAUGUUGAAUAUUAAGCAUUUAUUGACUCAGCAGCAACCAAAGAUAUGUAAAACAGAUAAUGAGAUAGAGUUUGAUCUCAGUGAUGACGAUCUUAUAGUAAUUCCUAGCAAGCUAAAUCAUAAUGAUGUUUCUGAAUUAGAAAGUUCACAGUCGUUAUGUAUGGAAAAUAUAAAUAAUGCAAUUUGUGAGGAAGAAAGUCAAUUGAUAGAUAAAUGUGAUAUUAGAAAGGGCAUAAAACGAUUAGAAUUUGAAGAACCGUUAUUACCUAUUCAAAACGAUUUAACGGAAUCAAUAGAGGCUAUUCAAGAAACAGAAUAUCAGGAAAAAAGUAUGUGUGAAAUGAACAAUACUAAUUCUUCUAUAAGUAAAACUUUCAGACAUCGAAAACUAACCAAACUAGACCGGCUACGACAAAAACUUUUACCAAAAAAUAAAAUUAAAGCCAAUCCUACUCCAACACGAAAGUUACGAAAGAAUAAGCAAAAAAUUCUUUCUGGGAUGAUGGACAAAGCAGCUGCAGCAUUAAAGAAUAAAAUUGCUUACGAAAAAGCUGUUAAAAUUAUUUCGGACUUGAAAUCGCAAGAAAAAGCUAGAAAUAUUAAAAAGAUAAAUUGUAUUGGAAUAGGUAAACAAAGUAUUAAGGAAAAAGAUAGUAGUAUAGUCCUUAAAGUACCUCAAAUGAAAAUCAGUUCAGAAAAUGAAUUAACAAUGCCUAGUGCAAUAAAAUUUGAUCAGGUAUGCACUGAAAACAAUCUAAAAGAUGACCACAACUUAAAAAAUCAAAACUCGAAACGAAUAAUUAUUCUUGAAGACAUACUAAUAACAAAUUCACCAAAUUACAAUGAUACAGUCCAAUCUCAACAAAACGCUCUAGAAUCAAGCCAAACUGGGCUUACUUCUACUUUUAAUGGCAGUAAAACAAAUGGAACAAUGCCUGUGAAAGAUGAAGUAUUUUUGAAUAAAGUAGAAGAUAGUUUAAUAAAUACAUCACAAUUUCAAGUUAUGGAACAGGAACAAAAUAUUCUCAUUACACCCCAAGACCUAGGCUUGCGGUGCAGCAAAGAAAGUGAACAAUCAGAGAUUGAAAAUGAGUUAGGUUCAUUUAUAAACCAAAAUGAAAUGUUGCAGAUUUCCAAAGAAACAGAAAAAUCAGAUUUUAGUUUAGGUAUAAAAUAUGAACACAGUUUAGACAACAGAAAUAAUGUAACUGAAACCAACCACCAAGAUUUGAAUCGUAUUCGAAUCGAUUCGGAACAGACGGAAUCAAGUAAUUCUAUAAUAGAGUUGCAAGAGCCGUCUCCACAAAAAUUGGUUUCCACACGUAGUAGAACGAAAGUUGGUGAUAAUUCAAACUUAAACUGCGUAAAAGAUUGUAAUAUUGUUGUUGAAAAUCUGGUACGUCAAAGUCCCAGUCAUAAGAAUGAAGAUGAUAAAAGUGAUUCGCAAAAGAAAAGUAGAAAACGUCAGAAAAGGAUGUCUGCUGAUAAGCCAGAUAUUGAGUGUAAAAGAAUGUUACGUAGUUCAACUUUACGUUUGUCAUCAUCAGAGGAAAUUGCGAAAGUACCGCCGAAUAUUACGGUGGAUUCUUCUCUAUCUACUGGUUCUAAAACAGAACUGCGACAAGUCCAAGGAAACACCGUGUGCUAUGACGACCUGGAAGUCUUCAAUGAUGAUAUUGAACCUCAUAAAUGUGUUAGUAACAUAGAUAAAAGCAAACAAGGUAUACAUCCUAAAGACAGUAUCUUAUGUGUAAUGAUAGAGAAAUAUGGGAAACAAACCAUCAAAAACUUUUCAAAGAAGAUUCCAGAUAGUGUUUCUAACACGAUCAGUAGUACUUUAGACAGUGAAAUAAGUGCAAUUAUAAAUUCCAAUAAAGAUACAAAAGUUGCUAUGGAUAGAUUAGUUGAAACUGUUAAAAAAUGGGAUUGUAAGCCAUUUAUGGCUGGGUUAAUGCAAUAUUUGAAGAACCCACAAAGGAAAAUUGAACUGUUCAGUAAAACGUGUACACCUCCAGCUCCACCCAUGACAAAAUCUGAGCAAAUUCUCCUUUAUGUGGUCAUACAAUUGAAGCGUAUUUGGCCAUCAAUUGACAUCGUCGAUUGCUUACUUUGUAGCAUUGAGUAUGUACUAUUUAAACUCAACGGAACACCAGAUUUUGAUGCAAUCGAAAGUAUGUCCCACUUCUAUGCUAUAAUUUGUCGGUAUUUUAAAAUGAAGAGCCGAUUGCGAAUUUUUAUGCUAGAUGCAAUGUACUGUAUUCAGUUCAAGUCAGUUCCCCUUAUAAAACAAUGCAUGGAAGUAUGGAUGCAUGUAUUACCAUUGGCGCAUAUGGGAAUUGCAAAAAGUACGCUAGUAACGUGUAUGGUGUAUCUUUUACAUUUUUAUAAAUGUGAGGAUAAAUUCAAUAGAGUUCAAGACAUCAGAUAUCUUUUAACUCAUAAAUAUUUCUACGAAAUAACUGAAUGGAACGAACCCAAAAUAAUAGAAAUGUUCAAGAGUGCUAUUACAAAUAUCAGAGCGAUUCCUGUGGAGAUGAAGUUGCUGAGGAUAUCUUUGAUUGUUAUUGCUAAACGCCAUGGCCCAAAGUGGUGCCAGAAAAAUAUAAUAAAAAGUCUGCUAUUGCCAAUAAUUGAAUCUGAUAUCCACCCGGAAAGGGUGAAAGUAUUCUGUGUGUCUAUAUUGGGACCAUUAAUAAAACCAUAUCCAGCUGAAAUGAGAGUACACAUUGAAAUUGUAAUGAAUAAACUGUUAGACAUGUUGAACCUAAAUUCCUCACUGGAAAUGGAAGAAGCUAUUUUCAUGACCUUAAUAUACAUGAGUCGACAUAAUUAUAACCGAAUUGUGCGAACGUUGCUCACUUGGAAACCUCAGAGAAUAUCGACUGAAUUCGAAGAAGUCAUACGUGACUUCGUGUGUGAGAAAACUCGGAAAAUGUGGAAGAACACGCUGUCAAAAAUGAGUGUAACUUGAAAGCCAGUCACUAGUAUGAUUAACGAGAAGUACUUUGCCAUUGGCAGCGUUUAGUGAAGUGGUUGUGGUGUUUUCAGUGUGAUUAUACAUUUGACUUUUAUAGCUAUAAGCUUACAUUGUAAUUUCGUGGUUAGAUACCUUAUUAAGUACAGUUUUAAAAUGUAUACUUACCAGUGGAAAUAGUCACCACUAUGAUGCACUUUCAGCAGGAGCCAGUUUUAAUAGCGAUGAAACUUUUUUUUUGCUUUAUAGUGCCCCAAGUAAACUGUGAUGUUAAAAACUGCUUCGUUUUUGAAGCGGAGUAAUUAUUUGAUUUAAGUGUCAAUAAAUAAUAAAACCUUAAAAGUA